AUGAACACGGAAAAUCGGUAUCCAGUUACAGCUUCUUUAUUUAUGUUGCGUGAAAUAAAAAAUCGACAAGAAAAAGUAAAUAGAGGACAUCAAUUACUGAAACGAAAGGCAGAAGCUCUACGACUUCGAGGUCGGCAAGCUACAACCGAAUUGGCUGCGAUUCAAGGGAUAUUAGGGAACACAUUACGAGAAGCGUAUAUAUCUCUUGCAGCUGUUAAAUUCACCAAUGGGGAAUCUAAUGCUUUGGUACUGGAGAAUAUAGGAGAGGCACAAAUUCGUGUACAAAGAGUUCCAGAAAAUAUAUCCGGGGUACCGACAGCGUCUCUUCAAAUUAUCGAAGACAUGACUGUAAAUGAUUCUUUGCGCUACGCUGGACUUGGAGCGGGCGGACAUCGUACAGCUGAAACAAAGAAAACCUUCAAAAAGGCUAUUGAGCUUUUGAUUAAAUUUGCUUCUUUACGAAAUACAUGCUUAUUGCUUGAUCAAGCCGUUAAAUCAACUUUAAGAAAGGUAAAUGGUAUUGAAAAAGUAAUAAUGCCUAAAUUACGAAACACGGAAAGCUACAUUUUGACGGAAAUGGAUGAAAGGGAAAGAGAAGAAUUGUAUCGGUUGAAAAUGGUUAAAGCAAAAAAAAACUUUAGUCAAACAUUGUCAAAAAUAAAAAGUGCAAAAAAAUCUGUCUGUGAUAACUCUAUUGUACCGCCAGCAUCACCCAAAGAAUCAUUUGAAAGCCUUGCGAAGAUUUGGCCUUGCACACUAAUGUCCUCGACUACUGUAUCUGCUGGUGAUUUCAAACCAGUGUGCUACCCACAUAACUGGGAAGAUGAAGAUUUACUGUUUUAAACAUUUCGCUUAUACGUCUGACAUAUUUUAAUAAAAAUCGUCAAAGUUUCAA